AUGAUGUCGUUCAAACAACUAAUCAAGUAUUUUGUGAUACUAUCGACGAUAUUGAUUGCUUUAGACUUAUUUAUGUGUCAAAUGUUCCCAAUGUUUCGCAGAAGAGGCGAAGAAGAUAGAAGAGGAGUUACACUCGACGACGAGAGAAUGCACGAAUCAAGAAAUAGAAGCUUUUCAUGUGGACUUUACUACUCCAAUUGGUCUGCUUAUGAACCUAGAUUGCAUUUUCCACAUGAAAUCAAUUUUGAUCAUAUUUCACACGUUUAUUAUGCCUUUUUCCUGGUUGAUGGUAAGAAUGGUAAAUUGGUUUCAGGUGAUAAAUGGGCUGAUUUCCAAAGACCUAUAUUGAAGAAUAAUAAAUUGGUAAAGGGAAAUGUUGGUGAAUUAUUUGACUUAAAGAUGAAAAACAGAGUGAAGUGUAUUAUGUGCAUUGGCGGGUGGUCAAAUAGAGAGGCUUGGCAUAUUUUUAGCACUGACCCGAGUAAAAUAGAGUCCUUUACUGAGCAAGCUGUGAAGAUGAUGUUCGAAUAUGGGUUCGAUGGUAUUGAUUUGGAUUGGGAGUAUCCUGAAGAUGAUGGCAUUGAACCUCAGCUUUAUUUAGAAAUCAUGCGUAGAAUCAAACAUCAUAUGAACAAACUAGAAUCUGAGAUAUUCAAGGACACUUCAGCCACGACAUCUUACUUCGAACUGUCAGUUGCUACACCUGCUUUCAAGGACAAACUUGAAAUAUUCCCUCUAAAGGAGAUGGAUACCGUCAUAGAUUACUGGAAUAUGAUGACCUAUGAUUAUUAUGGAGAGUGGUCUGAACGAACGGGUUAUCAUAGUAAUCUAUAUGACGGUUCGAAAGGAAGCACCACAAUCGAAUCAGUCUUAAGACAUGGCAUGAGUGAAGUGGAAGGUUUGAAUGGGGACUAUGCCGUCAAAUAUAUGAUUAAUCAAGGUAUCAAGAAAGAUAAAAUUAUCCUUGGAAUGGCAGCAUAUGGAAGAGGUUUCACAAAUGUUGACGUUCCCACACCAAGACCAAAUGAAUCCCCGAGAUAUAUAGGUAGAACAUUUGACGGUGUUGGAGGAGCCUCUGAAGGAGAACCUGGGAUGUGGAGGUACGACCAAUUACCAAUACCAGGAACUGUGGAACAGUUUGAUCCGAGAUAUGUUUCAGGAUAUUGUUUCGAACCAACGACCGGAACCUUCGUUGGAUACGACACCAUUGAUUCUGUACGAGUCAAGACUCAGUAUAUUAAAAUGAAGGACAUUGGAGGAGGCUUCUGGUGGGAAUCGUGUGGUGAUACACAUAAGAAUCCAGAAAGAUCCUUAGUAAAUGCCUACGUUAAAGAAUUGGGGAGAGAUAAUAUUAAAAAACCUGAAAGUAUAUACAAGAACCUGCACUGUGUCUCACAUUACAAACAAUCUUUCCAUGGUAAAGGAUUCCUAAGCAAAUAUUUGAAAGAAUACGAGAAAAAUGAGUUUCAAUAG